UUAUACUAUUAUCUGUAUAUUCCUCUCUGAAUUCAUAAAAUGGGUGCAGACGCAAACGCAAUACAAACGAACGGUCACGAUCAAGGCAAGUUAACCGGCGGUGAAGAGAUCCAACGGCUGAGAUGUUUCGUCAAGAACUACGAAUGGGGCAAACUCGGACCGGACUCAUUGGUCGCGAGACUCCAAGAAGCGAAUUCUGGAAGACGAGUCGACUCAGCGGUUCCUCACGCCGAGUUUUGGAUGGGUACUCAUGAGUCUGGACCGAGUCAUGUUGGAUUCGGGUCCGGGUCUGAUAAAUGCAUGGUUACAUUGAAAUCGUGGGUUUUGGAUCAUCCGGAUUCACUCGGGUCUAGAGUCGUGGACAAGUGGGGUUACGAUCUCCCUUUCCUCUUCAAGGUAUUGUCAGUGACGAAAGCAUUAUCGAUUCAGGCACAUCCUAAUAAGUCAUUAGCAGAGAAAUUGCAUAGAGAAGAGCCUCUACUAUACAGAGAUUCUAACCACAAGCCUGAGAUUGCUCUCGCAGUCACUCCUUUCCAAGCCCUUUGUGGUUUUGUAUCUCUUAAGGAGCUGAAGGAGGUUAUAGCCAAUGUACCAGAGAUUACAGAGCUUGUAGGAAGCAAAGCUGCAGGUCAAAUCUUCAAAGUCCAUGAACACGAUGACGAAGAAAGAAUCAAAUCCGUUGUUCGAUUGAUCUUCACGCAGUUGAUGUCUGCAAAAAGCAGCAAGACAAAGCAAGUGAUAUCUCGUAUGAAGAUUCGUCUGAUCUCUGAGACUAAACACCGUGAACUGUCGGAUAAAGAGAAGUUAGUUUUGGAACUGGAGAAACAGUACACUGGUGACAUUGGUGUGAUCUCAGCCUUCUUCUUUAACUAUGUCAAGCUUAAUCCUGGAGAGGCUUUGUAUCUGGACGCGAACGAGCCACACGCUUAUAUCUCUGGCGACUGUAUCGAGUGUAUGGCGGCUUCAGACAACGUUGUUAGAGCUGGUCUUACUCCUAAACACCGCGAUGUUCAAACCCUUUGCUCUAUGCUUACCUAUAAACUGGGGUACCCGGAGAUUUUGAAAGGAUUCCCUCUGACUCCUUACGUUACUAGGUAUCUACCACCAUUUGAUGAGUUUGAAGUUGAUCACUGUGAACUUCCUCUAGGAAGAUCUACGGUUUUACCGGCAGUACCGGGUCCUUCGGUUUAUCUGGUUAUUGAAGGAGAAGGGAAAUUACAAACCGGUUCUACUCAAUUGUUGGUUAACCAAGGAGAUGUUUUGUUUGUUCCAGCUCAUAACGAGAUUCACAUAACCGGAGAAAGUGAUGUAAUGAAGCUUUACAGAGCUGGAGUCAGCAGCAGAUUCUUCCAAACGUUAUAGGGCUAAACAAAUAUUUAAGCACAUUAACUAUACUAAUUACUAUAUUACAUAUAUAUAAGCAAAUCAUAGAGACCAAAAUCUUUAAAUUGGUAGAAACUGUGGUUUAAUGUGUAAUCCCCUCCAAUGGCCUGUUGCAAAUUAAAAGCUCAAGGGGUUUAUUUUCUUAUAUUUACUUUAUUUUAUUGGAAUUUUUGUUUGUGCAA